AUGGAUGACCGGGAGGCCCAGAAGAAGGUGUCAAGGUUCCUAGUGAAGCUGAGGCUGAAGAGUCCUUCUUGGAGCUCUGAUGACAGGUCCAGUUCGGAGUCAGAGCGAGCUAACGCUGAAGUCCGCCAGGGGAAGUCCGCUACAUCCCCAGAUAACAUUGACAGUGGCAGGAAGAAGAUAAAGUUCCCACUCCUCUUCACCAAGACAGCCGUGGCUGUGACCACCACCAACCCACUUCUCACUCAGAAUGACCGGCCCAGCGUGAAGCUUUCUGCCAAAGCAGAAAAGGCCCAUAAGACAGUGAUGGUGGCCAGUAUCCCAGAGGAGAUUGGUGUUGGAGCUAAGGUCAUGCAGAAAAACUUACCGGCCAAACCGAAGUACAGCUGGUCACGGCCCAGUCGAAGUGGAAAAGAUGACAAAGUCCAGGGCAAAGUCAAAGACUUCUACAAGACCAAAGUAGGUAAACAGAAAGAAGAUAACAUCCCGCCAAUAGCCAAAGAACCCCGGAUAAAAGGGUCCUUCCAUGGAGCAGAGCAAGGCAGAGGCAGGGACUAUGGCAGGAGGAGGGCGCCCCUCUCCUACGACAUCCAGUGCAGACUCAACCAAGCCAUGACAGAUUCAGACAGACUCAAAGCUAGAGAGGUCACCAAGAGAAGCGGAACCAUCCGCUGUGAGAAUCUCCAACAAAGUCCCAACCGACAGAUGUCAGAGUUGGAGCGAUUCAAACCCAGGGAUAUCACCAAGAGGAUAAUUCCCUGUGAUGAGCUGCAGCAAAGGCCCAACCAGCCAAUGCCAAAGCCAGAUAAAGCUGCCCUGGUUAAACUCCCGGCGAUUCCACGGCAGAGAUGCCAGACAGCACCAUCAACACAGAGGACCUGGAGGAGUUCCUAAACUCAGUGUCAGUACCUACCCUCUGCUCCAUACUUACCAUUCAUACCUAUUCUGUUCCCCACAACUGUCACUGUUAUUCCCUGACACCUCUAUGUGCUUGUGCCUGUUUGCCUGUAGGGGCAUGACUCGUAUUGAAGACCUGGCAACUACGGUGCCUGACGAUCCCCAGAUCGAUGCCCAGUCUGAUGCCUUCAAAGAAGUCUUUGAGCAGUUUGCAAAGAACAGCGAUGGCUCUCUCAAUGAGGAGGGCCUGGCGUCCACACUGGACAGAGUGGGGAUCAGUAUCAGCCCAGAGGAGGUGAAGAAAGCCCUACAGAAGGCUGACAAGGACGGAGAGGUGGGGUUUCAAGAUGUCCUGCAUGUGAUGGCGGACAGCCAGCGCUUCUCCAAGUGUGUGAAAGGUGAAGAUCCCCGACUAAGAUGUUGCCGCCCUGUGCAACUGGGUACUGGACUUCCUGACGGGCCGCCCCCAGGUGGUGAGGGUAGGCAACAACAUCUCCUCCCCGCUGAUCCUCAA